AUGGCGCCCAUUCUCCAAUUUGGCCUUAAUGGGGAAGUAGACGAUGAGGAGUCCGAGCUCGGCUCACCGACAAAGAAAGGCAAAGAUAGUACGGCGACUGCCUAUCUAAUCGUUGGUAUCGAUUUUGGUACAACAUAUUCAGGGGUUGCUGUUGGGCAUUCUGAGAACCCGGAAACUAUCUAUGUUAUCUCAAACUGGCCAGGGAAUGUAGAAACCAGGAAUAAGGUCAGCUCAAUAAUUGCUGACAAGUCAGAUCAAUCGGAAUUUAGGCCAUGGGGUUAUGAAGUAUCGUCGUCGAUGGACUGCUCAUCAUGGUUCAAGCUGCACAUGGCUCCGAAAAAUACGUCAUCAAUCCAAGACGACCCCCUUCUAUCCCAAAGUGUGGGCCCUAGCUUACUGAGAAUCCCAGAGGGGGAAUCACCAGAGACUCUGUGUAAAGAAUAUCUUCAGCGUGUUUAUAAGCACGUUAUGGGAAGACUCCGCACGAUAUAUGGAAGGACAAUUGUGGAAACAGUACCAAUUAAGGUGGUAUUGACCACCCCGGCUGACUGGGAUCGGAAGUAUAAAACAACAUUACGUGAAGCGGCAUACCAAGCAGGUAUUGCAUCCAGACCGAGCGACUCGAUUUUGACGAUUGAUGAACCGGAAGCGGCUGCUCUUGCUGCAUUUAAGGACCCUCAAGGGCAGAAAACCAAUUCGAUCUUCAAGGUAAACAACAAUGUUGUGGUAGUUGAUAUCGGCGGAGGAACGAUCGAUAUCAUAACGUACGAAAUCAUUCAACGAAAUCCCCUCAAAGUGGCUGAAGCCUGUACCGGAACUAGCGCAAAGUGCGGGGCUACCACUAUUGAUCGAGAACUGCAUAGGCUCAUGGCAUCAAGAUACGGAGCUGCAUUUUCCGACCUCCCGUUUAAAGAAACAGGUCACGGCAGUGAUUUUAUGAAGGAUUUCGAAGCAGCCAAGAAAUGUUUCAUAGGUCACGGCAGCGAACACCGAAAAGAGUGGGAACUCCCUCUAAUUAUGGACAUUGACGAUAAUGGUGUCAUGGACGGGAACGAAUCGGGCACAAUAAAAAUCACCAGUGAGGAGCUUGCGCAAAUGUUCGAAAAAGUCAUUACCCGCGCGUUCGAAAUGGUAUCCGAGCAAAUAAAAUUGACUCAAGCAAAGAAUGACUAUCCGGUGAAUUUGAUAAUCCUCUGCGGCGGUAUGGCCGAAUCCCAAUAUGUUCAGACGCGAUUUAAUGAAUUCUGUGAACAAAAGCUGGACAAUAAGGUUGAUGUAAUUGUGCCACACGAAGCUUGGCCAGCCAUUGCAAAGGGAGCGGUAAUCCACGCCCUACGGCCACCUGUAGUGGAAAGCCGCAAGAGCCGAUGGUCCUACGGCAUCGGUGUGCAUAGAGCCUUUGAUCCGGAACGUGAUAAUGAGAAAGAUCAAUACCACUGUCCAAGUAGAGGACAGCGUACUAAAGGACAAGUCGAGUGGUUCAUUAGACGGGUAAUGGAACAUCUCACUCACUGUGACGAAAGCGUUAAAGACAAAGUGAAAUGGAUCCACGGAUACAUCACAAUGGGGAAGACUAGACGGCUUAGAGACACAGUUGGCGAUUUGGUGUUGUACAAAUCCAAGAGUUCAACCCCAGGGAAUUCAAUUGAUGACGAAGGCAAGUGCCACGUUGAGAAGUUUGAGACCCUCAGACUUUGUAUUCCGGCUCGAAACUCCAAGGGGGACAAGAAUGUGAUGAUUGGGCACAAGAUAUUGGUAAACGAGAAGUCUGUAGAGUUCGAGGCGAGAUGCGGCAAGAAAAGGGUUGGGUUCAAAGAAACCGUUUAUGAAGACGACGAAAACUGA